AUGAGUCUCUCCUCGAUCAAAGACGACUUUGUCCUUGACCACGCAUCAGCUCUAGUAUCUUCCUCGCCUGCUGUGUCGCCGUCGCCAGAUGCGUCUCCCUCGCUGUUGCCACCGCAGUCACCUUCACCAUCUGUCAUCUCGUACAAUUCGUCAGACUCAGCGCCUAACCCGAUUCCGUCAGCUCCAAUCAAUCUUAGCCCCUUCGUGACUGAGACUAUAGGAGUUCACUCACUUCCUGUGUCAAUCAGCCCUACUGAGCCACUCUCUCCGCUCGUCUUCCACUUUCUCCCGCCCAAGCCAGCCCAUGUCGAAACACCGGCACUCCCUCAGAUCCUUCCAUAUCUGCCAGGGCUUGCAACCGUCAAGAUCAUCUCGGACUAUCCGCCUAUCCUCUAG